AGAAGUCAGACACCAUGUCUUUCUUCACCAUUGUUCUGCCUUUGCAAAUGCUGUUUUCUGCCACUUUUGCAAGUCACUUCUGGGGUGGAUCAAUGACUUUCUCUCCUAAAGUGUUGUACCCAAAUGGUUCUUACAAGGUGGAGUUUCGCUUCAAACAAACGUUUGAUAGUUGUUCAUAUUUUUUCUGGAAUACCUGCUUCAGUGGAGACUGUGGAACUCAAGUCAGCGUCGAAAGAGGUGAGAUAUACACCACAGCUGGGAGGAAUGCAGGUGAUAACAACUGGUGCCAGACAGAAGGGGUUACGACAAGAGUGAUACCCACAGCCAACACAUUUAGUCUGAGAGAAGCUGGCGGCGGUUGGGUGUCUCUCUCAAAUAAUCCUAGCCUUUCAAGCUGGAGUCUACUCACAGUUGUUGAUCUUGGAAAGCGAUCAGACACAAAUAAAGCCAACAGAUCCCCAAUCACCACCAGCAUAUCAUUUGUAAGUGUCCCUCAGAACUGCCCACGGACAUAUGCGUUGGUAACGUUUGAUCCAGACAACGACCAAGGCAGAUGCAGAUAUGGCACUCUCGUCGGUGAAGAAUGCACUGCCUGCCAACUUCCUGCUGGGUUUACCCUGACGCAAAACAGAAUCAAAGACAAAGAUUUCUGCUUGCUAAGUUAUAACAGUGCCACAGCUGGUGUCUAUGGGUUAGAGCUGGUUGUGGAGGAUUUCCCACAGCAAAGCAUCAUUCUCUCCUACACAAAUGGUUCCACCGUUUUCAGAAGUCCAUUUAAUCAAGCAGCCAGUCCUCUUAGCAAGCUUCCUCUGCAAUUUGCCAUCAAAGUUGAGACUGCCAUUGCUUCUUGUGUUGAGGGAGAAUACUUGCCAAAGUUCGUUCCUCCAACCCCUGAGAAUGGGGAGACAAUUCUAGCUGUGGUCAACCAGGAGCUGAAGAUCAUAAUAAAUGCAACAGCCUCUAUGGCAGGAAUUCGUGGUCUUUUGAUAAGUGGACCCUUGAAUAUCACAUAUAGCUCUGAGAUAUCUGAUGGCCUUGAACAACACAUCCUGAAAUGGACUCCAAGGAGUGAUGAUCUUGGCGAAUAUUUUCCCAUCUGUUUUGUUGCUGAAACUGAUCCAAUAAACACCAUCCGUUAUCAGUCCAACAUAAGAUGCAUCGUUGUUGGAGUUGGAAAUCCUCCCGAAACUGUGGUAGGCCUGAGGAUGGUAGUUGAGUCUACAGAUGCACUAACUGAGGCAGAAAUUGAAGAACAAGUCAUUAAGCCGUUUCAAGAAGAGCUUAUCCGGAAUGGUCUACCCAACACCACCACUCUGAGUCUGAGACGAGUGUACAGCCCGUGAAGUCAUACAGAGGCUUUGGGUUUUGGGGUUUUGGAACAGCACAGUUUUUAGGAAUUUUAGGAAUUUUACAUAGCCAGCACUCAGGAUUAAACUUGUUUCCAACUAUUUAAAACUGUCUGUUUGUUUCUUCUGUUGUACACAAUUAAUAAAAAAGCUAAAUUAAUAAAGUGUGAGCCAGUGGAAGGAAAAUGCAUGGUUUGUGUACAGUGAUCCUAUGUCUUCCUUAAUUAAAUUGGGAAAAAUGACAUUCUAUGUUUCAUAUAAGACCAAUACAUGUUAAACAAUAAAAAGGAAAGAGACUAUAUGGUCACUCUCAUACUAAAAGGCACACAACAUCUUAUAGUGGAUUUGUGGGUCAUAUAAUAUAACAGUUCUUACAGUACAUGUAAAAGGUAUGUGAUAAUUGAAGAUAUUAAUGAGAUAAAUGACUAUAAAAUGUGCCAGUUUGAGGUUAGAUCCGUGUAUUAUUCCUAUUAAAGUCCUAUGUAACUGACCCUAGGCAGAUGGGUUGGGCCCUUGAGUCGUGGAUCUGUCUGAGGUUUCUUCCUAUACUGUAUGUAUCUCCAAUUCUAGGGAGUUUUUCCUUGCCCCUGUUACUCAUCGGCUCUCUUUGAAUGUUUAACACUCUGUAAAGCGCCAUAAGACAUGUGUAAUGUUUUGUCGCUCUAUAAGUGAAAUUAAAUUUAAAUUGA